AUGACCGCUCACCCGAAGAGGCUUAGCGCUAUUGGCACGUCUGAGGGACUGAGUCAAAGACCGAAAGGUUUUCCCGCAGUCUCAGAGGGCGCGAAAUUUGCUCCCGAGGUAGUCCUCGAGGGUAGCCCGAACAGCCUUGAUAAUGCAAUAGAAGAGUAUCCCGAAGCCAUCAGCGAGGGAGCGCGUCGAGAGUCCAUGAUCAAGGUCAUGCGCAUCUCAAGUAUAUUGACAGUCUUGGUAUCUGGUGUCGCGCUGUUCAGUGAUGGAUACAAUGCUCAGAUUAAUAAGUGUUCGAACCAUAAGAGGAAGCCAGUGAUGUGGCUACAGGUUGAAUACGGCUAA